UUCAAACACCCUCUCCUCCCGCAAUGUUUCUGCUUCCGAUGAACCCUCAUCAAAGCCAAUCCAGCAAUCCCGCAUUUACGGUUCACCAGCUUUACGUUACGGUUCUGUGGAACCACCAAUUCUUCUAAAACCCCCUUUUCAAAAUGUCCUCAUGGAUUGACAAACGUUCCACCACCACCGGGGGGUCCCACUUGGAGAUCCAGGCCGCUCCGCUGGAGGCGGAACACAAACCGCCGGACAUCUCCUCAACGGGCAGCGCCGCCACGCCGUCUUCAUCGCGGAAAUUCCCCCUGCGAAGGUUCGGCGAGCUGUUCCGGAACAAACUGCGCAGCUCCGGCAGUUACUCGAUCAAAACGCUGAACGACAGCGUCGCCACCAUCGCAAAGGAUACGAAACUUCCGAACGGUCCUUCGAUUGCUGAUUUGGAGAAGAUUCUGCCGGCGCCGGUGAAGGUGACAGAGCGUUCCGGAGCGGUGUCGGGACCGAUUCCGGUGCAGGCAGUUAUCGAGCAUAAAAGUUCCGCACCUGUUACUGCGGCGGCGGUCGUCGUGAAUGAGAAGCAGACGGUGGUCAGGAAUGGUGCCGGAGCGGGCCAUUACGGAGGUCGGGGAGGUGGCGCCGUUGGAACUGGUGUGCGCUCCCGGAAGGUUGCUACGCUGAACAGGACGUUCCAGAGGAAGAAAGUUGCCAAAUCCAGCGGUGACACCACCACCUUCAAGAUCAUCCGAACGGCAGACGUUGAGCCCGGAGGUCAAAAGCGCCAGUCCAUCAGCAGCCAGGACACGACGGGGGAAAUCGAGUCCGAGGUGGUCGUCGGAAAGGCUCUCGGCCGUGACCGGGUGAAUUCUGCGUCGCACUACUCGACUGAGAAGAGCGGCUCGUCCGGUUACUACAGUACAAAUAUUUACUUUGCCGGCGGUGGGUCCGUAGUGGAUGAACACAUUUACUACGAGCCGGUUGAUCGGGGACGCAAGAACUCUUCGGAUGUGGAAAACAAAACGUCGGAAGUUGGAAGUGGGGUCACGAAGAAGGAGGGCAUUCUGAAGAAUGGUGGGCCGAUUGGUGACCCAAAGAGUGGUAGAACACUAGAGAAGUAUUACUAUCCGGCGGCUUUGGAGAUCGUACCGAACGAGCUGACAGUCAUGCGGGCGAAGCAGCUGAGCAACGAAAAACUGACGGACAUCGUGGAAGGUCCGGAUGGGCCGAUCCCGCGUCCAAUCUGGCCGCUGGAUGUGGAUGAUUCGCUGGCGGACAUAAACCUGGAAGCGUUUCGGAUGCGACACAGCAGCCAGCAGAACUUGAUUGGCUUUGAAAGCCCUGCUUCAUCAAAUUCAGAUAACGAAAUUUACUCCAUCAGCAAGAAAACGGCAGAUGAAAAAACGGGCAAGAAAUCCCAGUACGAGGAAUACUUGGAGUUUCACAACACGCGGAACAUUCUGGAACAGAUCAAGGGUAAGCUGAACACGCUGCUAGAUCAACGAAGUGACAAUCAGAAGGCAAACACAAACGGAAGCAACGAGCACACGAAACCAACUCCGGCGGAAGCCGAACUAGAGGAAAAGAUAGCGAAUCUCAAGUCCGACCUGGAAGGCUACCUGCAGUCCAUGAACCAGAAGAAUGAGAACGAAAUCAAACGCUUCUGCAAGGGAAUGUCGAAAGACGCCAAGUGUCUCGCGGUGCAGAACGCCGUGGAACAGAAGAACCGAUCGCGGAGCAACUCACUGCAUCUGGAAAACGAGUACGAAGUGAUGGAGAGCAAAAAGUCCAACUCCGCAGCUACACUCAAACCUUUCUACGCGGCAGUCCCCCAUCGGACGCUGACCAGCUACCCCAAGGAAGACCCCAAGAGCUCCAACUCGCAACCCUCAUACUUCGAGACGGUUUACGUGCGGGAUGGGUUCAACGUGCGCCAGCUGAACCGAACUGCUCCGAAUCCUUUCGCGCAGGAAGUCCGCACGGCUCAGAUGUUACACCAGCAGCAGCAGCAGAGACUUCAGCGGGAACAUCGCGAGAUGGCGUAUCAACGAGGGUACUUUGGCAACGAAGAGCUGCGGCCCGGUGACGGUCGACGGCCUAGCAAAGUGUCAAUAGAGGUACCCCCGCAGCAGGAGGGAAGGGAAAGUGGUGGCCGCCCUCCGGGCAUGAUAAUGAUUAGUGGUAAUGGUGGUGGGCAUGGGACAGGGAUCGCCGCGGAAAUGGCCGCGGCCAGUGCCGGAAACGGUGGCAUUUUGGUGGAUGGUCGGUUGCGGCACAAGCCGCCGGAAAUCAGUGGAGGGAAUAAUUUGGGCAAAAGUGGCGGGGAUGUGAGUGAUUUUACCCUGCAGCGGGUGAUUCUGAUGGAAAGUUUAGGCAAGAGCGGGAAGCUGUUUGGGGACAAGGAAAAGAUGCUGCUCGAGUACCACCUGAACAAGCCAAGCUACUGGGAGAUGUACUACGGCGCGAACCGGGAGGAGCAGCAGCCGCACCACACGCUGAUACGGAAGGUGAAGAUCGGAGGGAAGAACGCGAUUGCGGUUUCGUAUCCCUCAACCCGACCCGAGUCGGACUUUACGCUGGACCUGCCCCGGGCCGAGCAGCUGCGCGUCAAGAUGAAGAAGGAAAAGCAGUUCCGGAACCGGUGCCGGUGGGUCUUCUACUUCCUCAGCGUGGUGUUCUUCCUGCUGUCGGUGAUGGUGGUCAGCCUGAUACUGACCCGGGGCAAGCGCAUGUUUGGCAGCAUGAUUUGA